CUGGAAGAAGGUGGUGGCCAUAAAACCAACCCAGAGGAGAGACUGAUGAACUUUGAAUCCCAGACUGCUGCUGCUGCUGCUACUGUUGCUGCUGGAGGAUUGUGUUGAAGGCAGAGGUGCAUCAGGUUCAGGAACUAUCCAUGCAGACUUCAGCCGGUGAUCUGACAAGUCACAUAUAGGAGCAACCGGAGCCUCUCCUGUUCCCUCUCCCCAUCCUUUCCCUCACCCCUCCCUCCCCCUUUCCCCGUUUCCUCGUCACUCUUCUUCCUGAUUCCCCUCUCACCCCCUGCUGCUCCAAGAUUCACCAUGCUCAUUAAGGAGUAUCGCAUCCCCAUGCCCCUGAGUGUGGAGGAGUACCGCAUUGCCCAGCUCUACAUGAUCCAGAAAAAGAGCAGAGACGAGAGCUGUGGUGAAGGAAGUGGGGUGGAGAUCCUUGAGAAUAAGCCUUACACAGAUGGACCAGGUGGGGUGGGUCAGUACACCCAUAAGGUCUACCACAUAGGCAUGCACAUUCCUGGCUGGUUCCGCUCCAUUCUGCCCAAAGCUGCUCUGAGGGUUGAAGAGGAGUCCUGGAAUGCCUACCCUUACACCCGAACAAGAUACACCUGUCCGUUUGUUGAGAAGUUCUCCAUCGACAUUGAGACUUACUAUAAGCCUGACACAGGCAACCAAGCUGAUGUCUUUAAUUUAUCUGCAGCAGACAAGAGGCAAACAACUAUUGACGUAAUCAACAUAGUGACAGAUCCCAUCCCUCCACAUGAGUACAUUUCAGACGAGGACCCGAAGCUUUACACGUCAGCCAAGACCCAGAGGGGGCCCCUGCAGGAUGACUGGAUAGAGGAGUACAACAACAACCCAGGGAAGACUCCCAUCAUGUGUGCCUAUAAACUUUGCAAAGUGGAGUUUCGAUAUUGGGGCAUGCAGUCCAAGAUUGAACGCUUCAUUCACGAUGUUGGGCUCAGGAAGGUUAUGGUGCAUGCCCACCGGCAGGCCUGGUGCUGGCAGGAUGAGUGGUAUGGCCUGACCAUGGACGAUAUCAGGCAGCUGGAGCUGGAAACCCAACUGGCCCUGGCCAGAACGAUGGCCAAGUUCCUCCAUGGCGAGGUGCUCACCGAAUCCUACGGUACCACAAUGUCUCCAGACAAAGAGCAGGAGGCCAAAGAGGCAAUCAGCUCUAUCGAGGCAGAGGAAACGGCCACCAGAUCAGGAGAGACUCUGCAGCCGCGAGGCGUCCUCACCAAGCAGUGGUCCACCUCAUCCAGAUCCUCCCGUUCAUCCAAGAGAGGAGUGAGUCCGUCACGUCACAGCAUCUCAGAGUGGAGGAUGCAGAGCAUAGCGCGCGAUUCAGACGACAGCUCGGACGAGGAAUUCUUUGAUGCCCAUGAGGAUCUCUCGGAUGGUGAGGAGGUUUUCCCAAAAGAAAUUACCAAGUGGAACUCCAACGACUUCAUGGACAAGAUUGAAACUGUGGACACGGAGGAGAAUCCUGAGAACUUUAAGGAAAUGAGCGUCGAUUAUGACAGAGCAUCGAGCGAGGACAGACUGGAUGAGGAGAGCUCGCCUCAGCAGAGUCUGCAGGCUUCCAAGAUCCACGUCUUGAUACUGGUUCUGCACGGAGGGAACAUCCUGGACACAGGCGGAGGGGACCAGAACAGCAAGCAGGCCGACGUCAACACCAUCGGCACAGCGUUUGACACAGUCAUGCGUGUUCACUACCCCACUGCGCUCGGCCGCAUCGCCAUCCGCUUGGUGCCCUGCCCCGCCAUCUGUGCCGAGGCCUUCUCUCUGGUCUCUAACCUGAGCCCUUACAGCUAUGAUGAGGGAUAUCUGUCCAGCAGCCAGGACCACAUCCCGCUCGCAGCUCUGCCUCUGCUGGCCACCUCGUCUCCACAGUACCAGGACGCCGUGGCCACUGUCAUUGUUCGUGCCAACCAGGUGUAUUCUGAGUUUAUUAAGUCUCAGGAUGGAGCGACCUUCUCUGGCCAGGUUUGCCUCAUUGGGGACUGUGUGGGAGGAAUACUGGGGUUUGAUGCUCUCUGUAACAGCACCCCCACGGUAAAUGAAAGCCAGAACAGCAGCCGCAGAGGCAGCGUCAUCAGCGUGCAGGACCAGGACCUUCUCUCUCCCGGCAUCAUCGUCAACAGCGGACAUGGGUCAUCAUCCCCAACACUGGAGAGCAGCCGCCACCUGAGUCGCAGUAACAUUGAUAUUCCUCGUGUCAGUUCAAGCGAUGACACCAAGAGGCAGCUGCCGCGUAAGAGAAGCGACUCGUCCACCUACGAACUGGACACAAUUAAACAACACCAAGCUUUUCUGUCCAGCUUGCACUCUAGCGUCCUUAAGAGCGACGCAGCGUCCCGCAGGUCGAGCAGCAGCACCAUGCUGGACGGGAGCUCCCUGGGGAAGUUUGACUUUGAGGUGUCAGACUUUUUCCUGUUUGGUUCUCCGCUGGGCUUGGUGCUGGCCCUGAGGAAGACUGUGAUCCCUAUGCUGGACGUGGCCCAGCUGAGGCCGGCCUGUCAGCAGGUCUAUAACUUGUUCCACCCAGCUGAUCCCUCUGCCUCCCGCCUGGAGCCUCUGCUGGAGCGGAAAUUUCACCUCCUCCCUCCUUUUAGCGUUCCCCGUUACCAACGCUUCCCACUUGGAGACGGAAACUCAGCCUUGCUGGUGGAGACAGUCCAGAGCAACGUUCAGCUGCUACUCGAUAGCGGGCCCCCCCUGUCCUUUCGCUGUCAGGAGACCAUCAGUGAGACCUGCAUUCCUGUUCCUGUGCUAAACUGGCAGGAGAACUCCCUGAAAGCCACACCCGCCACCUUGGAGUCGGAUGUUGUUCAGUCUCAUGGUGGUGUCUUCAUGGACAGUUCGUACCCCUCAUCCCCCAUAAUGGGCCCCUACUCCAGGGGCCAACGGAGGGCCAGUGAGAUCAGCAUUGCCAGCCAGGUCUCAGGAAUGGCAGACAGUUUCACUGCCACCAGCAUAGCCAACACCAAAUCAGAGCAGAUUAGCCAAUCCAAUAAGCUCAGUCUGUUCUCCCAACUUGCCCUAACAUCCCAAAACUUGUUCUCCAUAAAAAAUCCUCUGAUGUCCUAUAAAAAAGCCGAGGGUGACCUGACUGAUGAAGAUCAUUUUCACACGGAUUCUGAGACAGACUCAGGCGAAAGUCUAAGUUCCAUCUACCAGUACGACAGCAUCCAGUCAUGCAGGCUGGACUGUGCUAUAAGUGACCUGGUGUCGCUGGACUCCCAAGCUGAAGUUGAUGAAGUUGCAGCGCGCUGGUGGGGCACAAAGCGCCUGGACUUUGCUCUGUACUGCCCCGAUGCUCUGACUGCCUUCCCCACAGUGGCUUUGCCGCACCUCUUCCACGCUUCUUACUGGGAAUCCACAGAUGUUGUAUCUUUCCUCCUGAGGCAGGUCAUGAGGCAUGAAAACUCCAGCAUUCUGGAGCUGGAUGGGAAGGAAGUGUCGGAGUUUACCCCCUCUAAGCCUCGGGAGAAGUGGCUCCGGAAGAGGACUCAUGUCAAGAUCCGGAACGUGACUGCCAACCAUCGAGUGAACGACGCCGUGUUCCCUGAAGACAGCCAGCAGGUCAUCACAGGUCGCUUCAUGUACGGCCCUCUGGACGUGGUGACUCUAACUGGGGAGAAGAUCGACCUUCACAUCAUGACCCAGCCUCCGUCAGGAGAGUGGGUGUUCUUCAGCACACAAGUGACUCAAAGCAGCGGCCGCGUGUCGUUUAACAUCCCAGAGGAGAAACGUCUGGGCAUCGGAGUCUACCCUGUAAAAAUGGUUGUCAGAGGCGACCACACGUUUGCAGACAGCUACCUGACUGUUGUUCCACGUGGCACAGAGUUUGUGGUGUUCAGCAUCGACGGGUCGUUCGCCGCCAGCGUUUCAAUCAUGGGUAGCGAUCCGAAGGUCAGGGCAGGAGCUGUGGACGUCGUCAGACACUGGCAGGAUUUAGGUUAUUUGAUCAUCUACGUGACGGGGCGUCCAGACAUGCAGAAGCAGCGGGUGGUGGCCUGGCUGUCUCAGCACAACUUCCCACAUGGCAUCGUCUCCUUCUGCGACGGAUUGGUCCACGACCCGCUCAGGCACAAGGCCAACUUCCUCAAAACACUGACAGAGUCUAAUAUGAAGAUCUUUGCUGGAUAUGGAUCAACCAAAGACAUCUCUGUCUACUCCUCCAUCGGCAUUCCUCCUUCUCAGAUCUACAUCGUCGGCAGACCCUCGAAGAAGAUGCAGAACCAGUGCCAGUUCAUCACAGAGGGGUACGCGGCCCAUUUGUCCCAGCUGGAGUACAACCACCGCUCUCGGCCCGCCAAGUCCAGCAGCGCGCGCAUGGUCCUGCGUAAGGGGAGCUUUGGCCUGGGCGCCAACAGCGACUUCCUGAGGAAAAGGAACCACCUGCUGCGCACCAUCUCCUCCCAGCCGGCCCCCAGCUCCCCGACGGGUAACUUCCACAACAGGCCCGAGCGCACGCAGAGCCAGUCGGACAGCGAGCGGCUGGAGCGGGAGCGGCUGGAGCGGACCCAAAGCCACGGCCCGGGGGCGUCGCAGCGCAGCAUGAGCAUCACGGCGAGCUGCUGGGGCCGCAGCGGCAGCACCAAGCUGGAGCCGUUCCCGUUCAACCCCAAAUGAGAGUACAGGCGCUGGGAGGACGAGCGCGGAGACAGAAACGCUGCGGGUUUGAACCAAAUGGGUGAAACACCACCGAGGGGGGAUCUGGUGCUGCGGAUCACUUAUCCGCAAUGAAAUUAUUUUAGUGGAGACUGUGGCAGUUUUGUUGUUUUUGUUUUAAACUAGGCAAAUCCUCCUGAAGCGACAUGUUACACAAACAUCAAUGAAUUUAAAUGGCUUCUUCUGUUCAGUGAAUAUAAGGUCAGAACUCCUCCGAUGGGCUGUUAUACUUGACUACACACAAUGAAGCACCUCCACGACGCUCUGAUUCUGCUCUGCAGCUGACAGUUUGGCCAAAGCAAGCACAGAAACGGCAACAGAGACUCACUUUUUGUGCUGCAGAUUUUAAACAUCACCCCUUUUAUUCUGUAAAUCUGUGAAAGCAGAGCUGAGACUUGAUUAACAUUGGACUGAGCACUUUUAUAAAUAAGUGGUACUUAUUUACCAAGAAUUAAUGAAAAUGAAUCCAAGCCAAACAGAAAUUAUUUAAGCAGACGCCUGAAACAGCCAAGACUAAAAGUUGUACACUCCAGUUUUCCUCACACCACAACUCAAAGAAUCCCGCAGAGCAAACUCUGAACUGACCCUUUAAAUAUGAUUAAAGCCGGAUCUCUACUGCACCUGAUGUUUGACUCAACUUUAGGAAAAACCUCUACUGUACAGCAAAGGUGCCAAAAUAAGCAGUGUAGAACAACAUGCUGUGUCUGAGCAGAGAGGAUCACGUAAAGGUCUUCUGUGUAUAAAAACAUGGAAUAAAUUGUGUAAGUAUAUUGUUAAGCGCCUGAAUGAGGCCUGUACAUAGUUGUUACAUCACAGUGCAGAUCUGGUAUCUGGUCCACUGAAGACCAGUUUAAAGUGUUUUCUUUACUAUGAGGGUGACAUGAUUGAUAAUCAAUGCUAUUUAAUUAUAUAGCCAUGUUAAAAUUAAUUGAUUUUUGUGAACAAAAAGGUGUUUUGAGGUUAAGUUUUUGCUAUGUUAUGUAUUUUGUUUCUUCCAAAUUGAGUUUCAGCAGCCAAAAACGCUGAAAUCCCUGCCUGGCACAGUAUUGUAUUUUUAUCAUUUCACCUUGCAGAUCACCAGGGUUGUAUCAGAACUGAUAUCUUGUGUCAUAUAUGGAAUGUUUGAUAUUAGCCAUGUUUGGCCAUUUUGGAUUUCCGCUGUUUUUUUUUCCCCCCUCCCUGGUUUUUACUGAGCUGUAAAUGAAGCAUUGAAUGUGCUCUUAAAUAUCCUUCUCUGCGUUGCUGUCUCCCUCUCUGUUCUCUGCUGCACCUUCAGAGGAAGACAGAGCUCCAGAUGUAAAUUCUGUACGAUACGUUGUGGAAACUAGAAAUGCAGAGCCGAGACCUGCUGUAUGAUGUUUGAUAUUUAUUUCUAAAGUUUAGUAAAUUUUCAUGCCUUUUUUUAUUUGGUCCUUCUUGAGUUAUCUCCACACUUAUUGGCGCCUUUGGAAAAGACGUGUACGGAGGAAACAAAACUUAUAAUAAACUUGUUUCUUGCAGAAGUAUAAUUUGACACUGGAAAAAUGAGAAAACUUCUACUUGUCUUUUCAGUGCAUUUAUUCAGUGUUUAGGCAGGGCUGGGGAAGAUCUCAUAUUUAGAAAUGUUUAUUUAAAAAUAAAAUGUCCAAUUUUUUUUCAUGCCAAAUUCAAUUUCCAAUUUUGAAUGUUUUUUUUUCCUCACUUUUUCUUUUACAAAUGACAGGAAGUAUUUUCAACACUGGCUUUUUAUUUCCACCAUCUGUUCUGUGAGUUAAACUGAAUUAAAACGUCCCAAUAAUUAGAACCUGUCAAACUAGAUGGCAGCCUUGCGUGGGCUGACAUCAUUCCAGCUAUCCAAACCCAAGGAGUGUAUUGGUGGGGGGGGAAAAAAAUCCAAAUUUUUCUCAAAUUAAAUCGUCAAAACCCCAAAAUCAAUAAAAAUUGAUUUAUUACCCCUACAAUUAUUUGCACCUUUAACAAUUCCUAAUGAUAGUUCAUUGUUCACUUUUGUAAGAUGAUCAGGGUUGUUGGAGAUCUCACACGGAAGCCUAAUUCUUUUAGCUGCUUUACAAAAGGGGAAAAACAAGAGAACGUGCCAUUCAUCAAAAAAUCUUAAUAUUCCCUAAAUCUGUGCCAGGAAAAACCCUCAUCCAAACUCUUAGUAUGCAGUGAUCUUCUAAAAAGUUAUGAGCGGUUCUGUUCUGUUGGUGAAAUACAACUUCCUUUUGCUUCACCUGCUGAGUACCAGUGAGUGUAUAACAUCAAUAUUUCUCAACAUAGGAUUUAUUUUCCCCAUCGAUGAAUGAACGUGUUCAAAUUAAAGGUUAGAUGGGUGUGAUAACAUUAAAGCGUUACACCUCUCUACCAGGGGCUGCAAUAAGUGUGGAGCUCAGUGUAACAGGCAGGUUCAGAGCUGAGUGCAGUGGACCAAUGUUGACUCAAAUGUAAGGGAAAGUUUGCAAUACUGCUCUGAAGCACCACUGGAUCAAACAGACAUCACAGUGCACUGACAAUCAGUCACCCCCCUGACCUCCACCCAGCACAUAUUUUACAGACGUCAACCUGCAGAAGGUUUCCCCACCCAGGUGAACACGCUGCCAGAAAUGCACGGGUUGCACAUUUUACAGUGUGGAGACUUCUCACAAUAAAGUGGCUCUGGCCUGAUAAAUAUGUCAAAUAUUACGGUUGGAUUCUUUCUACGGACACAGUUGGGUGUUUUUUUUUGUUGUUGUUGUGAUUUUUGCCAUUCAAGCACAGAGGCAUCUAUUUGCAGUCAGCACAGCAGAGCGCGGUGCAGUUUAAUGAAACAUCUGUGAUUAAACCCAGGUUCAUCUAGGUUGAAAUUAUACAACGUUUGUCCAGUUAAUCCUCAUAUUUGGAUUUUUUUUUUUUUUUUUGUAACACAUAAUCCAGCACAGAGCUGACAAACAUCCCUAGAGAUGAACAGCCCCAAGUAAGAUCAGCCAUGUUAUUUUCUUUGAUGAAAUGCCGUUGUGAAGACAAUGUACAGGGGAAGUGCUGCAGAGAUCAUGGAUGUUUUUAUACCUGUGGGCAGACUGACUACCUGAACCCUGGCUUGUCCUUUUUCUUUUUUUUUUCUGCCUUUAUCUGAUGCUUUUAGCCCCAGAAUGGAGGCUGUUCAUGCUGAAACUGAUAAAGACGUUAUUUUUCCAAAGCAUGAGAACAAUAAUUCAGGGUGUCCAGCUGUAUGAGUGUCCUGCAUUUCUGAGAAGUGCCCCUGGUUCAAUACAGUUGAUUUGAGAUGAUUGAAAUAAUGUUUGCUAACUUCAUAGAUGACUGCUUCAGGCAAAGGAUAAAAUGCUGUUCUGUAGUUUACUCUGGUACUUGAGCCACUUCUUCUUAUUCCACUAUGGGCAACUGUUCAAUAAAAAUCAUCUCUGGUUGAAUCAGCGCAACAGGUAAAACAUGCAGGACACCAAUCCUUAAAGAUUAACUACUUAAAACUACCUAAUGUGACAUAUUUAUUCAUUUUUAUUCAUAUUCAAUUUGUCUCUACCUUUGACCUGGCUCAGUCCAAAACUAACUAUGUUUCACAAACAGUUAAACUGUAUAUAUUUAUUUAUAGAUAAACUGGCAAAUGUAAGAAUUGUACAGGUCACAUAUCUUGUAGGAUUAUAUUUGAUGCUAUUCAUUCCCUUGUGAUUUUAUGAAGAGUGUAUAAAGAAAAUAUAAAGCACUGA